AUGGCAGAUACAUCAGGAGAAUGGGUGUCGGGAGUUGAAGGGAACUUUAAGCUUCACACGGCCGUUGUUCAAGCUAUGCCCAGUGAUACGAGAGCAGUCUCUGCGGAUUCUUGGGGUGCCUCUGCCUGGACAAAGACGGCCAAAGUCUCGGUUACGUUAUCGGAUGGAACUCCAAAAAACUAUUUUCUCAAGUGUGCUACGGGACGAGAAGCACGCCCGUUGACAGAAGGCGAAUAUCAUUCAGCAACCGCCAUACAUUCAGUAGUCCCCGGAUUUGUUCCAAAGCCAUGUGGAUGGGGCCAGUACCAGGAUGAUAAGUCACAGGUAUAUUUCUUUCUUGGAGAUUACCAUAACAUGGAUGUCCGAAUGGCGCCAGAGCCAGAAGGCUUUGCGGCUAAAGUUGCCGAGCUUCAUACCAAGGGCAAGUCUCCUACGGGUAUGUUUGGCUUCUUUGUUCCCACCGUGUGUGGAAUUUUUGAGCGAACCGUCAAGUGGGAAACGAGCUGGGCCAAGUGCUUUGCCAAUCAGCUUCAGGAUGUCAUCAAGUAUGAUAAUGAGACGAACGGGAUAUGGCCCGAGUUUGACGCCGCCUGUAAGCGAGUCAUCAAUGCUGUUAUUCCGCGGCUCCUGGGAGCUCUACAAUCUGACGGUCGGUCUAUCGAGCCUGUCUUGAUCCACGGCGACUUGUGGGAGCAGAAUGUUGGGCUCGAUAUGGAGACCAUCGCCUUCGAUCCCGGAUGCACCUAUGCCCACAAUGAAAUGGAAUUUGGAACGUGGAGGUGCUCCUGGGCGCACCAGUUCAAAGCCCCAAUCUACAUGCGAUUCUAUCAUCGACAUAUUCAACCGUCAGACCCAGUGACCGAAUGGGAUGAUCGGAAUAGACUUUACAGUCUCCAUCCGUACCUCAAUGAUUCUGCUGGACAUCCGGGAAGUAUGUCAAGAUCGAUGUGA